AUGGCCAAACGCCCAAACUUCCUGGUCAUCGUCGCCGAUGAUUUGGGCUUCUCCGACGUGGGCUGUUUCGGCGGCGAGAUCCGCACGCCCAACAUUGAUCAAAUUGCGAAAGAAGGACUCCGCUUCACCGAUUUCCAUGCUGCCGCAGCAUGCUCUCCCACACGUGCCAUGAUCAUGACCGGUACCGACCACCACAUUGCUGGACUGGGGAACUUGAUCGAAUGGACCAACAUUUCCGGCCAGAAUGGUCCCAAGGGGUCGGCGAUGAGUACAGCACCCCAGCGUGGUAUGCCCGGCUAUGAGGGCUAUCUGAAUGAACGGGUGGUGGCACUGCCGGAGUUGUUGCGUGAUGCUGGCUACCACACAGUCAUGUCAGGAAAAUGGCACCUGGGCCUCACUCCCGAGAGGUCCCCACACAAACGUGGCUUUGUUCGAUCAUUCGCUCACCUGCCUGCCUGCUCCAACCACUACGCCUACGAACCCCAGCUAAAGGAUCAGGACCAGAUCCCGACCUUUAUCGAGGCUAGUUACAUCGCCUUGCACAUGGAGGAUGGAGAGUAUGUACGCCACCUGCCCGAGGGCUGGUACUCUUCGGAUGGCUAUGGAGACAAAAUGAUCGAUUAUCUGCGCGAAUGGAAGGAGAGUGGCGGAGCUGAUGGACCUGACGGCCCUGAGGUUCUGCGCCAGAAACGUCUGCAGCGUCUCAAAGAGCUCGGUAUGGUUCGCGAUGACGUCGAGGCUCACCCCGUGGUUGCCGAGGAAGUCAAGGAAUGGGAAGACUAUACCCCCGAGGAGAAGAAAAUGUCCUCAACGGCAAUGGAGGUGUUCGCUGGCAUGGUUGAAUGCAUCGACUACAACGUUGGUAAAGUGGUCGAGUAUCUCCGGGAAAUCGGGGAGCUAGACAACACCUUUGUGUGUUUCAUGUCCGACAACGGUGCUGAAGGCGCCGCCUACGAGGCCUACCCCAUGGUGAAAAAUGGGGUGAUGCCUCAUCUACAGAAGUACUACGACAAUAGCUUAGAAAACCUGGGCAACGGUAAUUCAUUCAUUUGGUACGGCCCACGCUGGGCGCAGGCCGCCACUGCUCCAUCUCGCCUAUACAAGGCCUACACUACUGAAGGUGGCGUCCGUGUUCCGUUUACCUGCCGCUUUCCUAAAAACAUCAACCUCAGGCCCGGAGAUGUGACUGCCGGCGGUAUCACUGAUCAGUUUGCCACUGUCAUGGACCUCGCCCCGUCUAUCCUAGACAUGGCAGGCGUCAAGCACCCGGCGCCAGCUUACCAGGGUCGCGAAGUUGUCUCCAUGCGCGGCCGCAGUUUCCACCCAUGGGCCAUCGGAGAGGCCGAGCGCAUUCACCCCAAGGACUUCAUUCAAGGCUGGGAGACAUGUGGGCGUGCUGCACUGCGCUGUGCGGACUGGAAGAUUGUCUUUAUUCCUAAGCCUAAGGGCCCUGAGCGUUGGCAGCUGUAUAACCUGGAGAAAGACCCGGGUGAAGUGCACGACCUAUCAGAGCAGGAGCCUGAGAAACUCAAGCAGCUACUCAAGCUCUGGGACCAAUACGUCUUGGAGACGGGUGUUGUUCCACUAUGCCCCGACCUGGGAGAGUUCCUUGAGGCAACAGAGGCGCAGAUGCCGGAGAAUGCAUGGAUGGAAUUUGACUACUGGAAGGAGGGUGCUCGUGACGAGCCAGAGAAGUUCACACGCCAGCCGCCACGCUUUCAGCGCGUUGUGAAGCAGUUCUAA